AUGAGCCAAAUUCCUGAGAAGUCCGGCCAACCUGCUUCCCAGCACGCCGCGCCUCUUGAACAUCACACUAAACAACCAAACUCAGAGGCUGGUGAGAGAGUGGUGGUACUCCGUGACUCCCAGAAUGUACUCGAGCCUACCACACUCGAUGCCACUGCCAGGGUCAAGUCUGAGCCCAUGUCGCCUCAACGUGAGCCUCGGCCGACCCUCGAGGCUAUUGAUGACUCUCGGGUCGAGUUCCCAAGCCUCCAUCGAGCGCUUGAUGAGAGCAAGGUAGAAACACUUGAGAAUAUCUUUCAAGUUGCUCAAGGCGUUCUCGACAAGUUGCAAAAGUCACUCGGUAAGACGACCGACAACACUGAUGCCAAACGUAUUCUUGACCUCAUCGAGGAUCUCAAGACCAAAGCUGUGGCAUCCCAAACUUUGGUGUGCCUUAUGGGCGAUACAGGCGGCGGCAAGAGUACCAUAAUCAAUGGCCUCCUAGGCAAGAAGAAGGUGGUUCCUACAAGUUGCAUGCGAGCAUGUACUGCUUGCCCUACCGAGAUCUCCUACAACAAUACCAAUGGCCCCGACUGGGCAGAAGUAGAGUUCAUCAGUGUGGAAGAAUGGCUUGCUGAACUUCGAUGCCUUUUCAACGAUGUACUCAACGGGGACGGUGAGGUUCACAGUAACAGCACAAACCAAGAGACCGAGGCGGGAGUCGCGUGGGCAAAGAUCACUACCAUAUAUCCACACAUGACGAGAGAUCUGCUAGCGCAGACUACUGAGAAGACUCUUGCAAAGGACCGUACUCUUGGAGAAUUUUUGGGUACCACCAAGAAGGUUAUCCCAUCAAAGUCCGACCUUCUGUAUAAGGAGGUUCAACGAUUCAUUGACAGUAAGGAGAAGAUAUCGAACAAGGAGACAUCGAUUGCGACUACAGCUCCGGGCCCCUCGGAGCUGUGGCCGCUCAUCAAAGUGGUGAGGCUUUACGUCAAAGCCGACGUUCUGUCAACGGGGUUGACUCUGGCAGACUUGCCUGGUGUCGGGGACUCCAAUGCAGCUCGAGCCUCAGUUGCCAGCAAGUACGUCGAGAAAUGUAACAGCAUCUGGAUCGUCGCCCCGAUUGUUAGAGCCGUAGACAACAAGACGGCUCAACACUUACUUGGCGAAUCCUUCAAGAUGCAGCUCAAGUUCGAUGGUCAUAUCUCCAAUGUGUCUUUCAUCUGUUCUCAGACAGAUGACAUCGUGGUAGGGGAAGCUGUGGAUAGUCUCAACCUCGCGAAAGAGUACGCAGGGCAUCUUGCCCUAGAAGAGAGGACUGCGGCGGAGAAUACAAACAGAAAAACCGAACUUGAUCGCAUAACUGAGACACAAAAUGAAUUUGAGGCCGAAGCAACCCAAGUCCAGAAUGACUUGAAUUGCUGGAACAAACUCGCUCUGAAAAAUGCCAAAGGCAUUAAGGUUUUUGCCCCUGUUACAAAGCGCAAGCUUCAGAGUCAACAGUCACAAGUACCCAAAAAGCGAAGAUUCCGCCGCGUCUUCGUGGAAAGUGACGACGAAGACAAACAAAGAGAAGAGUCUACAGCGAAUGCACAGCAAGAGGCCCUGACACAUGAGCAAAUCACCUUGAAGAUCAAUCAGUUCGAAAGCCAGCUGAAGGACCUUAGCGAUCGUCUGGGGGACCUCUACUCCCAAGAGGAAUGUAUCGAGAAAGCGAUAGGUGACGCGGAGGGGCACCGCCAGCGGUCAAAGGUCAGCAUUAUGUCCUCGUGCAUCCAACGCCGGAACGCGUAUUCAAGUACUGCAAUCCAAGCACAUUUCGCUUUAGGAGUACAGAAGCUCGACCAGGAGACGGCUAUCAAGAAGGAUGAUGAAUCAUUUGACCCAGACCAUCAAGAGCGCGACUAUCAGCAGAUUGCUCAGUCUCUCCCUGUCUUCUGUGUUAGCAGCCAAGCUUAUCAAGUGAAGAAAGGCACCGCCAAGAUCGACCGCAACUUUGAUGCCUUCCAUGACCUGAAAAUGACCGGAAUGCCUCAGCUUCAUGUCCAUGCGAAGAAACUUACUGAAGCAGGCAGGAUUAGUGACUGCAGAAAAUUUCUCAAUGGCUUCCUCCAAAUUUUGCAAUCUCUACAGAUAUUGACAGGUACACAGAGUUUGGAGCUGGUACUUUCGCCCAAUGAGCAAGCUGAUGAGGUCAAGAAGCUCUUACGGGAUCUCGGCGGUCUUAAACUUACUCUCGAUGAGGCGGCCAAGAAGAGCUCGGAAGACUGCAAGCAUAUCUUCAAGAAGAAAUUAUUCAAGCAAAUCCACAAAGCCAACGACAGGGCAAUCGAUGAGGCGCCCCGUAUUGUAACCGGAUGGGUUGCGCCCACAGAGCAGGGUGGUUAUUACCACAGCACAUUAAAGGCUACGCUCACUCGCCAGGGACAUUUCAAACGCAAGGCUAGCACAAUCGACUUGAACGAAGAACUCAUUACCGGAUUGGAGCGAGAGUUGGCAACUCCCUGGGAAGAUAUAUUCUCCAGAUACACACCAGAAAUCCUCAAGCUCUUCUCCCAGAGUUGUAGAGAGGCCUUGGAAGAGUUCCACCAGCAGCUCAAAGCUCGGCUUCGACAUACGGGUGCGGCAUCCACUAUCGAUAUCCUCCACACCCAGCUCCAGACCUAUAAUCAAGGCAUCAACGACAAACUUCAUGACUUUGAGCAGAGAAUUCAAGAAUGGCAGCGAGAUCUCAGUCGCCAAUUCAUGCCCGGAGUCAAACGCGUCAUGACAUCAGUCUAUGAUGAUUGUGCGGAGGAGCAAGGCCGUGGAAGCUUCAAACGCAUAUCUAAGAAACUGAUCGAUUUCGCCAAUUCGGAUUUUCGAGUUUUCGACAAGUCGAUUCCGUCCAUCCAGAGCAAGCUAAGCAGAAUGUGCACAAUUCACAAGGAGACCCUGCUCGAGGAGAUCAAUUUGAUGAUCAACAACAUGACUGCAGACUACACCAAUGGCAUCCAGAAACGUGGCGAUGCAGGCCUGCCGCAAGUCGUUCGCCGAGAGGUCAUGGAGGUUCUUUCGGGCGUUAACCGUGAGAUGGACAGAGGCAUUCCUGAUGAGACACCGAAUGGACUGGAUGUCAACAUGGUCGACGCUUAG